AUGGCUAUCCGCCAGCGAUUUGCGAGCUUGAAUGAGAGUGUUCGGCUCCGGGGUGAUGCAGCGCACCACGAGCAGACAGAUGCGUGGAGUAAUCGCGAUCUCAUUCCGCUACCGCCGUCGAGAAGGACUUGGGGCUGGUUCAACUUCUUCGGCUUCUGGUCAAUCGCAUCCCUGAAUUUGGCCAAUUGGCAGACACCGAAUACGUAUCUAACCCAGGGCCUCUCAGUACGCCAGGCUAUGCUCGUCAUCGUCGUUGGCCGAAUGCUCAUUGCCAUGUUCUCCACCUUGAUUGCCUGGGCCGGUCUCAAGUGGCAUAUCGGCUUUACGGUCCAAAACAGAUACUCGUGGGGACUGCGUGCCAGCUACAUCCCUCUCUUGCAGCGCAUUCUAUUGAACUUCAUCUGGAAUGCUGUCCAAUGUUGGAAUGGUGGCCGAUUAUGCGCGGUUUGUAUUACCGCGAUUUGGCCCUCAUUUGCCCGGAUUGAAAACACAUUCGGCCCAGACAUGCCAACGACUACCUAUGAGUUCGUCGGCUUCGUGGUCUUCUGGUUUCUUUCAACACCUUUCUUGUGGCUUAGACCGGAGAAAUUCAAGAUCCCGUUCCUCAUCGUGUGUACCUGGUGUAGCGUGGGUAUGUUGGCGUGGAUGAUCUGGGCACUGACCGUCGCAAAAGGCGUGGGGCCUCUCUGGAAAACAGGUCAGCAGAUCCCGGCUGGAUCAUCUUGGAGUUCGUCCUGGCUUAUCAUGGCUGGGAUCAAUCAAUCUGUUGGCAGCCUCGCGGCCGGAAUUACAAACGGUUCAGACUUUUCGCGAUACGCCUCAGCUCGCAGGCACUACGUUAUCGGUACCAUUACCAGUUGCUUAAUCACUGGCAUUUUAGUGUCGCUGAUCGGAUUGGUCACUGCUGCAGCCGCACAAAAAAUUUACGGCGAGAUCUACUGGAAUCCUCCGGAUUUACUCAUGGUCAUGAUGGAUAGCGGCAAUGGAUCGUCGAAGGCACGCGCUGGAGUGUUUUUUCUGUCAGCUGGCUUUGCAUUUACCGCCAUGUUUGAAAACAUAUGCGGCAAUGCCAUUGCUGGUGGCAUCGAUCUGGCCGGCCUAUUUCCACGCUAUAUCGAUAUUCGGCGGGGAGCUAUCAUCACGUUUCUUGCUGCAUGGAUUGUCCAACCCUGGCAGCUAAUCAACCGUGCGACGACGUUCAUCUCUGUCCUGUCUUCUUUCUCAGUAUUCCUUGCCCCCAUGAUGGGGAUAAUGGCGUGCGAUUACUACAUCCUCCGCAAGCGAAGAGUGAGACUCAGUCAUCUCUACCGGACCGACGAUUCCAUAUACUACUUUUGGAAAGGCAUCAAUUGGCGAACCAUUCCAGCGUGGAUCUGCGGAUGGGCGCCGACUAUCGGUGGACUUAUCGUAACGGUUCGCAUGGACCCGAGCCCACCGAGACCACUUGUACAACUAUACUAUAUGGCAUUCCUUAUCGGCUUCUUCAUCAGUGCGACGGUAUUCUACGUUCUCAACCUCACAUUCCCGGUACCCGACAUGGACCAAAAUGACGACGUGGACGUAUAUGGCACAUUCACCGCGGCAGAAGCACGCAGAAUUGGCGUCAUUCCCCUUUCUGACGAUACUUCUCCGGCUGAGUACUCUUUCAAGAUCGCGCAGCCGCACUCUGCGAUGGACUUCGUCCUUGUGUUCGCGCAGCCGACCGCCGCGGAUAAGUUUGCGGGGAAGUUGCUGUUGGCGCCUGCAGGGAUCUGUUCUUCUAUGCUGGGGAUUGCAAGGAUACGUACGCACGGGAUUUGCGGGAGAGGCGUUUCCGAAGCUCAAGAGGACGACCACGACUUACAAUUUCCAAGAGGGAGUGUGCUUGGGCAGAACUUUGCUACCAAUGCAAAGGACAUGUAA